ACUUACUUUGCUGCGGGAUUUGGAUCUACAGAUGGUCAAAAGCAAGAAACCAUUCUUCAAAAAUCGUUGAUACUUUCCGGUCUUGUGUCACUACUUUGCUGGGCAUUACUGAUCAAUACGGAGAGUAUACUAAGACUAUUACAACAAGAAGAAUCUAUUGCACUGAUGGUAGGUGUACUUGUGCGUGUCUAUUUACCAGCCGUACCCGCGGUAUUUGCAUCCUUUGUUUUGAGCCGUUUUUUACAAUGUCGAAACCACGAGAUGAUAACCAUGGUUGCUAUGGUAGUUGCAGCAGUUGUCAACAUUCUUCUCAACUAUUUGUUCGUUAUAGUGAUGAAAGGGGGAGCAAGUUGGUCUUUUGGCGCUGUAGUUAUUGCACAGUACAUUGACUUAUUCAUUUUAUGUGCAUACGUAUACAAGUAUGAAGAUUUCAAAGGAUGGACUACAGAAUCGUUGGACGAUUGGUACGAGUUUUCAGUUAUUGGCAUUAAUGGCUGCUUAAUGAUUGAGCUGGAAAUUAUAAUAUUUGAGGCCGGAUAUCUGUUUUGUGGUACUAUAGAUGAUCUGGCUAUGGAUGUUUUUGGAGCUGUAUAUAUCAUACUUUUCUAUACCUUCAUGAUUUGUUCAGGACUCUCAGCAGCCUUAGCCAUUCGAAUUGGCCAAAGUUUAGGUAAAAAUGAUCCCGAUACGGCUAAAGUGUCUGUGCAAGUGGCAUUUGUAUCGUGCUGGAUAUAUGCCGUUAUUGUGUCUUGUCUACUUUUUGGAUUCCGAAACUAUAUUGGAUACUUGUUCACAGAUGAUAGGGCAAUUAUUGACGGUAUUGCUGAUAUUGCUUUUGUGAUAAUCAUCUAUGAGAUAAGUGACAUGACGGGGGUAUGUACAAUCAAUCAGUGUAUUUGUUAAAUUUUACAAGAGCGUUAUACUUAUUC